UCAGACCGAACCAAUCGAGCAACAUGGCUGCGGUGUGCGCUGCAUCCCGUGUCCUCGGGACAAAGAUUUUGUCAUGUAAAUCUCUGCCAGCAGUGUGCCAAGCGAACCGUCAGUUGCAUUUCUCCAUCUAUGGCAAAAGGGGAGACGCAAAAAUCUCAGAUGGAGUCUCCAAUCAGUAUCCAGUAGUAGAUCAUGAGUUUGAUGCAGUCGUGGUUGGAGCUGGUGGAGCAGGGCUGCGUGCAGCAUUCGGUCUGUCUGAGGCCGGCUUUAACACUGCCUGUGUCACCAAACUUUUCCCCACACGCUCGCACACAGUGGCCGCACAGGGUGGCAUUAAUGCUGCAUUAGGCAACAUGGAGCAGGAUGACUGGCGUUGGCACUUUUAUGACACAGUGAAGGGCUCUGAUUGGCUGGGAGACCAGGAUGCCAUUCACUACAUGACCGAGCAGGCUCCUGCAGCAGUGGUGGAGCUGGAGAACUUCGGUAUGCCGUUCAGCCGUACUGACGAUGGCAGGAUCUACCAGCGUGCUUUCGGAGGCCAGAGUCUGAAGUUUGGGAAAGGAGGUCAGGCUCACAGAUGCUGCUGUGUGGCGGACAGGACGGGACACUCGCUUCUGCACACCCUCUAUGGACGGUCUCUGAGGUACGAUACCAGCUACUUUGUGGAGUAUUUUGCUCUGGAUCUGCUGAUGGAGGACGGAGAGUGUAAGGGAGUCAUUGCACUCUGCAUGGAGGACGGAUCAAUCCACCGUUUCAGAGCAAAGAACACAGUUAUUGCCACUGGUGGUUAUGGCCGCACAUUCUUCAGCUGCACUUCAGCCCACACUAGCACAGGAGACGGUAAUGCCAUGGUGACACGUGCUGGACUGCCCUGCCAGGAUCUCGAAUUUGUUCAGUUCCACCCCACAGGUAUCUAUGGAGCCGGGUGCCUGAUCACAGAGGGCUGUCGUGGAGAGGGAGGAAUCCUAAUCAACAGUGAAGGAGAGAGAUUCAUGGAGCGUUAUGCACCCAAUGCUAAAGACUUGGCCUCCAGGGAUGUGGUUUCAAGAUCCAUGACCAUAGAGAUCAGAGAGGGAAGGGGUGUUGGGCCGGAUAAAGACCACGUGCACCUGCAGCUCCAUCAUCUUCCUCCUCAGCAGCUGGCUGCUCGCCUUCCCGGCAUCUCCGAGACCGCCAUGAUCUUUGCUGGAGUGGACGUCACCAAAGAGCCCAUCCCAGUCUUACCCACGGUCCACUACAACAUGGGCGGCAUCCCCACCAACUACAAGGGACAGGUCAUCACCCAUAAAGAUGGACAGGAUCAUGUCGUGCCAGGCCUGUAUGCCUGUGGAGAGUCCGGCUGCGCAUCAGUUCACGGUGCCAACCGGCUGGGCGCAAACUCCCUGCUGGAUCUGGUUGUGUUUGGACGUGCCUGUGCCCUGACUAUUGCUGAGAUUAACACUCCAGGAGAGAAGCUUUCUCCUUUGAAACCCAAUGCAGGAGAGGCGUCGGUCGCUAAUCUGGACAAGUUGCGCUAUGCUAACGGCAGCACCAGAACCUCAGAGAUCCGACUCAACAUGCAGAAGACUAUGCAGAGUCACGCAGCCGUGUUCCGUACUGGAGAUGUCCUCAAGGAGGGUUGUGCCAAGAUGGAGUCCGUCUACAAGUCGAUGGAUGACAUUAAGACAUUUGACCGAGGUAUUGUGUGGAACACUGAUCUGGUGGAAACGCUGGAGCUGCAGAAUCUGAUGUUGAACGCCGUGCAGACCAUCGUCGGUGCUGAGGCUCGUAAAGAAAGCAGAGGCGCUCAUGCCCGCGAGGACUACAAGGAUCGUGUGGAUGAGUAUGAUUAUUCCAAGCCUCUGCAGGGACAAGUGAAGAAGCCUUUCGAGCAGCACUGGAGGAAACACACACUGUCCUAUGUGGAUCCUGAAACAGGAAAGGUUACUCUGGAAUACAGACCCGUUAUCGACAGCUCUCUGGACGCAGAAGACUGUGCUGCCAUUCCUCCUGCAAUCCGUUCCUAUUAAACUCCUCCCCUCCCGCCCCAGCUGACUCCGCCCUUUUCUUUAUUUAUAAUCAGCCAGUAAAAUGAAUAUCCUGCAUUUAACAGGCUACGCUUCAGUUAAACAUGAGCACUUGCAGAAAUAUCAGUGAAAUACUACCCUAGUCAGACUUCAUGUUAAAGAUUCAACCUUUAGACAACAAAUGCGACUUUUUGGUGUGUAUUCUUGAAAAUAAAUCCAUCACAUUUGCUUCAAAACUGCAGUGGCAAGUAAAUCAUGAAAUAUUUAAUAUUUAAAUGUUUAAUGAUUGUUAUAAUGCUGUCAAGUAGCACUUGCAGCAGUUACUAUCAUAGUAGUAAACUCUUCAACUUAACAGCUUGUGUGCAAUUGAAUAUAUACGAUUUCACAUGUGUUCGACCUGGUGGCCUUUCAUCCGCAAAUAUGCUUACAACCCAUCUGCAUGUAAAGUCCUGUACAUCUUGCUUGUUCUGUUUAGUAGAUUCUGUUUCGAUUCAAUAAAGUUGAUCCGGGUGACAAUG